AAGUGGACAUGCUUUCUUAAAAAUUAUGUGGUUUAGCACUGAAUAUGUAUGGAAUUGGUAUACCUUAAUCCAAACCUCAUAUUCCUAAUAUAAUCAAUUCCGAUCUUCUGGUUGACCUUUUGUACAUCUAAACUUAUGCAAUAUAUUGAUUAAAUUUAGUAUCUUCAGUUAAGUAUACAUAUAUAUCAUAUUUCUAUUUGAGGAUGAUUUUAAUAUAAUUUUCGCUGACGGGAAGUCAUAUAUAAUUAUUAAACUAUGUUAGUAUAUCGUUUGCAACAUUUCUUAAAAUAAAGUUUUGCCAACACCUGAAGUUAUUUCGGUUACACCCGAACUUAGUUUUCCAAAACUCCUUUUUUGUUUUCCAAUAUUUGCAGGGAGAUUCUGGCGGACCACUGCAAUUGAACCUAAUGCGUAAAAAUAGGAAGCAUUUUCGCUACUAUUUAAUCGGAAUGACCUCGUAUGGCGAGUUUUGUCGCAGCGCAUAUCCGGGAGUUUACACGCGUGUUUCGUCGUAUAUUGAAUGGAUCACAUCGGUUGUUUGGCCAGAUGACUACGACAGUUAUUUUCCAGAACAAUUACAAUAGUUGGGCAACGACAUGCAGCAAAUAUGAGUAAACAUUUUCUUUACUCAAUGUUACUAAGGAAAUGUACAGUUGUUUAUUAAGUCAAUACAAGUAAUUUUUUAGAUCAUGUUUUAACGCUGCUGUUUCUGAUUUGGAAUCAUUAUAAAUUUAUUUUUGCAAAUGGGUGGGAAAGGCAAGAAGAAACGUAAUAGCAAAGAUUCCUCUUCCAGCAAUAACGGUAACGGGGAGGAGGGGGAGAAGAAAAAAGAUGGUAAGAAGAAGAGCAGCGGCAGCAAAUCGCUGGGUUGUGACAUCUUCAAUGAUGUAGCCAUGGAGAAUGCCUACUAUGUGUGUCACAAUGUGCAGGAUUUACUCAAAACACGUGGUUUUGCUUGGCCCGAUGGACAAAAGAAGAAGAAAAAGGGCAAACGUUAAAGACUUAUUUAUACAUAAGUAUAUUUUUAGUGAAUCUAUGUUAAACGAACUAAAAAAACAUUUAUUUUAUUAUUAAAAUGUAUUAAUUUAAGCUUCCAAGCCUCUAGUUUUGAGGGCUAUAAUUUAACGGCGACCAUACAUAUAUAUGUAUGUAUAUAUAAACAUACCUACCAAAAGAUAUUGUUGUUGUACACACAAUGUCUACAACUUUUAGCACCGACAGCCGUUUGCUGUCUGCCGACGCAAAAUGCUCCCACACCGCCCACUCAAAGCCAACAAAAAAACAAACAAC